AUGUCUUUGGGGAUAGUCAUGUCCGGUUUUCAUCCUGAACAGUGCAACGGCCUCACUUCUAAGGAGAUCCACUGGUAUUCUUCCAUUCAACAACUUUGCACUACUUUCCAUGCAAAAACACCAGCUCUCCCAUCCUUUCUUGCUCUAUCCUCAGAACCGUCUGUUUACACGUGUAACGAUGGAGUGCCUCUUCCUCUCUCAAGUGCUAAAUUCCUUAGUUCUAUCUUAGAGCAACUUUUCUUAUUGAUUGGUUGCAGGAGCUAUAAAUUGGUUUGUGCUGACUUUGUAGAGACCCUUGGUGGAAUCGCGAUGGUCGUGGUCGCUGCACCACCACUCAACUUGAUGGUACCACUGGCCGGGUAUGUUCUUAAAGAGCUCGACUGUUACGAUGGUCGUAAACUACUUGGAGUGACGUCAGUAGAUACCCUAAGGGCCAACGCUAUUUAUUCAGAAUACAUCGCCCAGCCUAACUCGAUCUUGCCCGUGGUCGGAGGGGCGUCUCCCCAAACUAGGGUGCCUAUAUUCUCACACGCAAGACCGAGCUUGGAUUUGCCCGAGGAAGAUGUGCAUCGUCUAAUCGAUAAAAUCAAGAGCUUUGAUUUGAACAUGGAUGGUCCCGAAUUGAAAGCAAGUACCUUGGAGCGAGCAUACGCUACAGUGAGGUUGGUUAACUCGUUACUCUCCGGUCUACAGGACGAACCGAGAACCAAAGAGAUGGCCCUAGCCAAAACCUCUCUCAUACCAGAAGUCAACUAUUUCUCGCUCCCUGUGAAUCUUGGAAAAUUUGGAAUAGAACGAACUUUCGGUUUGCCACAGUUAUCGCCAUUGGAAACAGAGAUGGUAGAUUAUGCCAUAAUUAAUCUUAACCAUGAUCUGAUAAAAGCUCAAGAUCUAUACGCCUCUUUUAAACCAUGUUUUGAGAUGCUCAAAAGCAUCGUUGGUGGUCCCAGCAGGUGUAAUGAUGUAACAAAUGAAGAUUGCGCCUUAUUAAUUGGUCAUAAAAUUGAUACGAGGAAAAGAAAAGAUAAUAAAAUGAAAUCAAAUAAAAAAAAACGAAGUGAACAACAUACCCGAAACCGUAAAAGAGCACGCGCUAACAAAUUUCCAAUCUUACACUGUCCGGCACCCGAGGUUGUUACAGACAUGCCGAUUGAGGAAAAAUUCGGGAAGAUUGAACGAGUACAUAAGAAACUCCAGGUAAAUCAAAUAUUACAGGAAAGAAACGUGGAUGAGCUCCCUAGUCUAAAGUGUAAAGAAGUGAGUGAUGUAAGCCAACAACAAAGUCGAUUAGGAACUACUGGUAGUCCAUCAACGCAGUUUGAUCGAAUCGAUGAAAAUAUUGAUUCACUUCCUGUUUUGAUUAGUUGUACGGAAACCAAAAAUGUUCAAAAGCCCUUUUUGAAUAGUGAGGUACCAAAGACCGUAGGUUUCACUGAUGCACGAAAAAAUUCGAAAUGUAUGGAUAAAGCAGUGAAACAAAGUGUUGGCAAUAAGAAUGAAACAAAUUUAAGUGAAAAUGUCAAAGUAACAGUUGAUCUCAAGUAUAAAAUUAAAAGCAAAAACCCUUAUGAACAUUUACAACCUCAUGCACAAAGUCAGUCUUCAAGGAUUGAGAUGAUGAAAUCGUUGAUGCAGCAAAAGCAGAUGAAAUACCAAAAUACGAAAGCUUUAUGUCGAAGUAAUUCUUCCACAAGCCAAAAUCAAAUCGAAUAUUUAAAAAAAAAAGCAAUGGAACUCAACACUUCUAAUAUUAAUCGUUCUCUAAACAAACCUAAUUCCAGAAAAUUCCAAACACCACAAAAGCCAAAAAAAGAAGUAUGCGAAUCCAAUAAUGAAGAAAUUUCAGGAAAAGAAAUAAACAAAAGUUUGCAUUCUGUGGAGCCAGUGAAUUUACAGCAAAAAGAAAAUACAAACACGAUAUUGCUUGAAAACGACUCAUUUGAUGAACAGUUCAGCUUAUUAAUGGAGAAUAUAGAAGAACAAAAUGGAACAAAAAUAUCAGAAGAAAAAAUAAAAACAAGAAUAGAAACUAAAGGUAAUCAAGAAAUGUUAACUCCAAAAAAGGAAGUUGUUACUAUAAAACUAAAUGAAAAAUACACUGAAAACCCGCUUGAAAAUAAAGUUGGUAGUUUGAAAGCUGAAGGUAAGAUAAGUGAAGUAAACUAUGAAAUGGACCAGAAGACAGGAAUUAAUACCUUUUCAGAAAAUAAUGAACUGGCUGAGAAACGAGAAAAUGCUCAAGAAAGUUGUAGUUCAAAAGAUGAAAACAAUGAAAAGGCUUUAGAAAAAGAUAAUAUCAACCUACAGACUUUAAUUUGUGAAGGAAAUAAAAGUAACAGUCCACUACCUUCAGCAGAUACUGAUAAAAUAAAAUGCAGUGAAUUAAGUAAAAAUAAGAUUAUUCCAGAAGAAAAAGUUACUGUAUCUGAAAGUGUAAAUAAAAUAUUGGAAGAUAAAAGUGAUUGCGUCGUUUCAAAUGUUAGUUUAGGGAAACGUUUUGAUAAAGACAUUCAUGACCAAAAUCUUAUGCACCCUCAGAUUAAUAACAUAACUGAUACUCCGAAAGAAGCCGAAAAACAGUACAUAAAAGCGAGUAUAUAUGACGUCACUCAACAAACAAUCGACGAAGAAAUAUCUAGACAAAUAAACGAAUCAGUAGAAAGUAAAAAAAGUGAAAAAGAAAUUUCUAAACAAAAAUUUUCAUUCCCUGGCGGCCAAAUGUUAGAUGAAGGUGCAGCCGUAAUAGAAAUCGAUGCUCAAGAAAAACUUAAAGAAUUGGAAUGCUUGUCAAAGAGGAAAAAAAGAGAUGAGCUUAAAGAAAAAAAUCAAAAGAAUACUACAAAAGUUAGCUACGAUCCUUUAGAUCAAGUAAAUAAAAUUAGAGAGAUAACAUUGCAGCAAAUCAAAGAUCCGUUAAAAUACCUGAAUUAUCCAAAACAGGAGGAGAAUAGCGGGAUGGAAAAGGUUGAAGAAACUGAGAAAGAUAAGGAAAGAAAGAAAGUGUUGGGGGUUGAGGAAACUAAGGGAAUUGAUGAAACUAAGGAAUCUGGCUUGGAAGGCCAAGUUUCCGAAAGUAUUGAAGUGUUCAACUAUGAACCGAAAAAUAUGCAUGAUACAAAAAAUAUAACAAAUCUAAAUGAAAUCAUACAAAGUUUAAUAAAACCAAAUAAACUUGAGGUAAAUUCUGAGCAGCCACCUCCCGUAGUUCAGAAAUCAAUUGAUAACAUAAAAGGUGACUUACACGUUGACUCAAAGCCGACUAAGGUGAAGGUGAUAAAUGUGAAGAAAAAAGAAUCUAUGGAGUCUUACCAAUUGUCCAAACAUAAAAAACAGAAGAAGGAUGACAAACGAACUCAUGCGAGUGUCAAUUUAGUUAUCAAGAAACCACCGAAAGAAACCCCUUUCCCUUAUUUUAAUAGGAUAAAAGAAAUACCCAAAAUUGAAACUUUUGAUAAAAACAAAUGGCUAAAAAAGAAAAUACAACCAGAACCAAAAGAAGGCUCAUCCGUUGAGGUAAAUCUGAAAGCCAUCGAUGAAAGCAAGGCUCUAACAAUUCAUUCACGAAACAUAAAUGAAUCAUUUACGAAAAGAAUUCAAAAAGGUCACCACUCAAAUAAAACAAAUAAUGACAUAAAGUCCAUUAGCUACGCCAUUGAUACUAAAAGUAAGAAAGAUGAAUUAUCUAAGAGGUAUACAAUUUUGAAAAAGGGAAAAAUAUGUAAUAUGGUAAAAGAAGAUAUUAACGCUGAUGAGUUCAAGGCGAAGUUGUAUCAAAAUUCACUUUUGAGAAGUACUAUUAAAUCAGGUUCUAAACGAGAUGAUAAAAAAAUUACUAACUUAAAAAAUCUUACAGAGUCACUUAAAUCUCCUCCUACUGAUAAAGAAAUAUCGUCUUCCAAACCAUCAUCUGAAGUUUUAGAAGCUAUAAAGAAAGUUUCCACCGAUAUAUCAAAGGAUUCUAACGAUUUAAAAAAAAUAAAUAAGAGUAAUAAUAAUACCAUCAAAUUGCAAAAUAAAAGUUUUUUAAACUUGAUUGCCAACAAGAUAUCGAAAAGAUCCACAACCUUAAAUGAGACAACCGAAGCCAUCGGAGUAAGAGGGUCACAUUAUGGAUCAGGGACAUUUCAUAAAAAACCUACAAUAACAAAUGAACAGCAAAUUCAGCAGCUAACUAAAAAAGCCAAAGAGCAGUUGAACAUAACUAGGUUUAAAAAUAAUAAAAGAAUAUCACCAGGGCUAUGUACAAGUUUACCCGUUGUUUCAAAUGAACUUGGUCAUAAAAGGCAACCAGUUUUAGCCAGGGGACAGGAAAAAACUAAAUCAACUGAAGACUCGAAUGAUAGCAUGGUGCGGAGUAGAAAUAAAAUUCAGCUCAUGAAGGAAAAGUAUCAACGCUUGAAAAAUGCAAAUUUGAAUUUAACGAAUAUUUAUGACAAAAGUCCACCAAGUGGGGCGAACUUUAUUAAAAAAAAAGAAACAAAAAAAGUCGUUUGCGGUAUAAAAAACUUACACCAUGGAAGUUCCUCAAAAAGUAAACCCGAGUCUAAAAUAAGAAUAAAUAAAGUAGAAAUGAAAGGCGAAUUGUCCUCUUUUGAAAAUUCUGGAAAAGAAAUCGUUACAAAAGCAUUGGGAGGAAAAAAAUCUGAGCAGCAAGAUCCAGCCCCAAUCGAAAAAGACGAUUCUUUAAAUAAUUCCAACACUAAUAGAAUACAAGAUACUAAUUCUUCUGAAGUCUUCGACAGAACUAAAUAUAUCGAUUCAGAAGCAAAAUGUUCCGAACUCUCUCAAAUCAUUCAAAAUCCUACUCCCUCUGACGACAACAAUACAACACCAGUAGACCAUAAAACAUCUUAUCAAGAUAACCAACAGGGAUCGCAGGAUAACAAUAAAUCAAUUAAAGAUUGUUUUGAUAAGCAACAAGAAUCGCCCAACCCAAUCGAAGAAGAAAAUAAUAUUAUUGCUUUUAAUAAUACUCAGUCAUUAAAAGAUGAGAUGACUUCAAAUGUGGAAAAAAGUAAUAAAAAUACGGGUACAUCUAUACAAGAAGACAAUAGCAAAAGAAAAGUCUUCAAUGAUAGAACUCAAGAAAUGGGUAAUUUAAAGUCAAAAGAAAAAAAUAAAGAGAGUAAGGAUAUUCAUCAUUCAAAAGAAUUGCGAAAUUCUGCCUCGAAGGAGAAAUCCCAACAGCUCAAUGUCAACUUAGUUCACAAGAAUGCACUGAUGAGGAUUAAAUCCACAAAAACAAAACACAAAAAAUCCGUUGAUAAAAAUUUACAACAGGAAGCAGAAUUAAAAGCAGUAUUCUCCUCACGACCAACUACAAGGGAUUUAAUAAAAAUGAAGCAAGAACAUAAAAUUCCUGACACUGAGACAGCUAACAGCCGAACUCAUAAGGUUCCUUCACAUAAUUUCGGAUUGGUCGAGAAUAAACUUAUGCCGAGGCAGUCAACUGCCUCUUCUCUACUUCUCGAUCCAGAUAUUGAGAAAAGACAAACAACUACUAGGAAGGUAAUACAUCCAAGUUUAAUGCAUGCCGUCAAACCUUUCCCUGGUCAAAAUACAGAUUUAACAAAAUUAAAAACCAAUUUUUAUUCAAGAUGGACUCCUCAGACUCUGAAGUUGAAGGAGAAUAAAGAAAAAAAUACUCAUAUACCCAAGAACGAAAGUGUGAAAAAAAACCCAUUCGUUACUGGGAGAUUCAACUUGACUUCCGAUCUGUUCAAGGAGUACAUGAAAAAGAACAGAAACUAUGAAUCCACUAACCCGAAUGUGGAUGUCCAAUUUUUGCAUCAAUCUGGUCAGUUAGCCCUCAUUCCGCAGCAGGGAGUUUCAGCUAACACAAGCAGGAUAAAUGAUCAACGAGCAUUCAGCACGCUAGAGGCUAAUUAUGAGAAAAAGGAAAUUCCAAAAGUUAAAAUACCAACAGCCGUUAGUUCUUUUCGAUUUCAGAGCAAAUCCAAACCUUUAUUGAACGAAAAAAAAGAAAAGCCUCAAAAUUUUCUUUUUAACAACCAAAUGAGGCUCAAAAAAGUAUUAAAAGAAUCUCCAAAGAAAGAGAAACAUAUUCCUAACAGCUCAUAUAAACCGCACUCGCUAACUACGCCUAAAAAUAUCCAAAAUAAAUCUAAUGAAAAACCUACCCAUCGUUUUAGCCCUUUUCACUAUAGGGAAAAACAAGUAGAAUUAAAAAGAAUGCAUCUUUUAAAAGCAUUUCAAAAUCAGGAAAACAAUGAACUGAAAUUUGAAGAACUACAAAGGAACUACAAGCAACAGUUGUGUAGGGCGCCUGCAAGUUUCUUCAAUUCUCAAAGUAAAGGAGUAUCCAAAGAAACACCUAAUAGACUACAGUUGCUAAAAAGGCAUUCUGUGGAAUCGAUAAAGAAGGAAUCCUCAGAGGUCAGCCGUCACCAUAAGAAACCGUUUUCUGCACCUGCCGACUAUCACCCAUCAUUUCCGCUGUCGAAACCAAAAAAAAUAGAAAAAAAUAAUAAGAAAGAUGAAAGUAGCAAUUCAUUAAAAAAACGGUGGACUCAAUUAUUGGACAUCUUCCAAUCGGUUAUAACAACAGAAAAAAAAAAUUGGGAACAUGAUAAUCAUGACAAAAGCCUUCUGGUAGCGGGAGGUCGCAACCUAACAAAUAACAACAUAGUGCCAAAAACUAAGAUUAAUACACGCGAAAUGCUCCCUAGCUCGAACUCGACGGCGAAGAUAGUACAAUCUUACUAUAGGAAGCAUUCUGUUGUAGGUCCAAAGUUUCAAAGCAGUUACUCAUUAUCAAAUAGAAUAAGCAAAGCAUAAAGCGAGUCGAAAGUUGUCAUGUUUUUUCCACUGUAUUGUUUUUAACAUACCCUGUCAACAUUGUCAAUAAUGUCUAUGCAAUCAAGUAUGAUGGUUCAAAUACACCAAGUCCAGUUUUACUUUGUUACAUCAGUAUCCUGAUUGUGGCAACUGAUACACGUGAAAACUCCUAGAAAGUUACUGAAAAACAAUAACGAAACAAAUGGUGAUUAAAUUGUUGUCACAUCCAUUUUUUUAAGUUAUUUUGCACCAAUACAUAUUAAAUGAAUACGAAGUUAUACAAUUUUAUUUAAAUAUUUAACAUGAAUGAAUGAAAACUUGUUUAUU